GGGGGGUGUCCGCCCCGCCCGGCUCUACUUGAGGCGGCGGCCGCGGGCGGCCCGGGGCGAUGGCGGCUCCGCGCAGGCCGAGCGCGGCGGGGACGCGGCGGGCGCCGCAGGACGGGCGGCUGGAGGAGAUCAACAAGGAAUUUCUGUGUGACCCAAAGUUCAGUGAUGAAGAAGAUCUGGAGGAGAAGUUGGCAGUGUUCAAAGAGAAAUACAUGGAGUUUGACCUGAACAACCAAGGCGAGAUUGAUUUGAUGUCUGUCAAAAGGAUGAUGGAGAAGUUGGGGGCUCCGAAGACCCACCUAGAACUGAAGAAGAUGAUCUCUGAGGUGACUGGAGGGGUUAGCGAGACCAUCUCAUACCAAGACUUCGUCAAUGUGAUGCUUGGGAAACGCUCUGCUGUGCUUAAACUGGUCAUGAUGUUUGAAGGAAAAGCCAACGAAAGCAACCCAAAACCUUCUGGUCCACCUCCAGAGAGAGACAUAGCCAGCCUCCCUUGAAGAGGACAGGCUGAAGAAUCGGCACUGUUUGCUUUGCUGGCCUGUAACAGAGAUUACCUGUGCUUUGUCACUCUUUACUGUGGACAGUCCUAGUUUUUGACUAACCUGCCUUAGAGGAACAGCAAGGGAAGCUGGAGACCCCCAGCUCACGUCUUUCUGCUGCAUCCCUUAGCCAACUUGAUUUGUUAGAGAGAAGCUGUAGCACCAAGUGUAAUGUGAGACCAAAAACCCCAAUCUUGUCAUCUUACUCUUUCCUCUGCCCUUCCUACAUUUCUCAGAUGAGGAGCUACUCUCCUCCCAGCAUUUCAGUUCAGAGCUGUGCUUGUCCUGACAGGUUCCUAAAGGGCUUUGCUGCCAGACAUCGAGCGCUUCUCUGGCAAAGCCCUUGACAGCAGCUUCAUGGGUGGAAAAAAAAUAAGUGCCUUCUCUGCUCUGUCCCAUGCUUCCUGACUUUGAACUAGUUCUUCCCCUCCUGACCUCACCAAAACACAAGUCAGGCUUAUUGCACGCUAGGUGAAUGUGGGAAGGUGCAUGGAUUCCAGAGGUCUGCCUGCAGGCUCCUUAAGCUUGGAGGUGGGCAUGGCUGGAUCUCUGUUGGAUCUCUGCAGGUCCAACACCACCCACUGCAAGGGAGGAUGGCUUACCUGACCUUAGAGACGCCCUUCCUGGUAAAUCUCUACUUGGAUCCGAUCAGGAGCGCAACUUCUGAAAGGGUGGUUGUCUGUUCUAUCUGUCAGGUGAAGCAACAAGCCUACUGGUGCACAUUUGCAGCCCCUCAGGAGGGCCUUGGGGAAAUUAAACCCUCAGGUGAAAGGAAGCUGGGUGACUGAACCGUGAGCCCUGCCAGACCAGGGCAGAUGAGGAUCUGUCCUCAUGCAACUGCUCUGCCCCUCAGAUUUUGCAGACCUCCCUGUAUCUGUUCAGCUUGCUCCCCUGGGACUACCGGGUACGUUUCCCUGAUGGAUGAGCUCUCAAACCUGCAAAAUAAGAAUGGCUGGAAGUGUGGUGUCUGAGCUGGGAUCCAGAUGUAGCUGUGACUGUGCUAUCCACACUCUGGUUACUGCGGUGAUUCUUGCUCUAUACAGAAUUUCUGGAAUCCAGAUGUUUGCUCUUUGCCCUUUCCCUCCUCUUUUUCUUAAAUGUUCUUGGCAGCUUUUACCUUUUUAAAAUCAUGGUUUAAUAACUAAUUUUUUUAAAGGAAAUACAGAUGAUUAACUUUACUAGGCUGAUUGUUCCUGCCAAAGGCUGCACUUUUAAAUAAAGAAAUAAAAAAACAAAACCAAAAGCCAAACCCAAACAUUCUUACUACUGUUUGCUUGAAAACCAAAACUAUACCAGAGAGAAAAUAAAAUAUGAGCAGAAGCAGCA